AUGGUCGCUGAAAAAGAGCCGCUGCGAUCGAAAGAAGAAGCCUUGGAAAAAUCAAAACAAGAUGGUGAAGAAGAUGAGGUUAGUGUGUACUUUGAUCAAAUGCACUCAAAUUUGAAAACAUAAUCUUAAAUAAAAAAUGUUGUUUUAGACACAAAAAGGAGGACUUGCCAAAUCACUGACCUUGUUCAAUGGUGUUUCGAUUAUUGUUGGAUGCAUUAUUGGAUCUGGUAUUUUUGUCUCACCAACAGGAGUUCAAGAACGUAUGUUGCUAAAUUAGGGAGAUAGAGAAAAAGGGAAAAACAGAAAUGAUAAAUUAGAAGAAAAAAAUUAAUUGUGGAUUGUGACGUGAAUUUUUUGCGUGGAAUGUUGGUCAUUUCGAAUUUUUUAUUUAAAAAAGUGAUAUGGUUUUUUUUAAAUCAAUUGAGUUUGAAAAAAUACGUUAGUUGUAGGUUUCCAACUUCCCUAGAAAUUACUGAAAUUCCAACAAAACUAAAUUUUCUCAUUUUCCAGAAGCUGGUUCAGUUGGUUUAUCCCUUCUCGUUUGGUUGAUAUCCGGUGUUUUCACCGCAAUCGGUGCCUAUUGUUAUGCCGAAUUGGGAACUCUUAUCAAAAAAUCCGGUGGAGAUUAUGCAUAUAUUAUGGAAGCAUUUGGCCCAUUUAUUGCAUUUAUUCGUCUUUGGAUUGAGGCAAUUGUUGUUCGUCCAUGCACAGUAACAAUUGUCGCAUUAACAUUUGCAAUUUACGGACUUCGCCCAUUUUUCCCAGAUUGUGAUCCACCGGGUGGAGUUGCUCAAUUACUCGCGAUUCUUCUCAUUGUUCUUAUGACUGCUGUUAAUUGUAUUUCCGUGAAAUUAGCAACUUUUGUUCAAGAUUGGUUCACAAUUGCAAAAGUUGUUGCACUUCUUAUGAUUAUUGCCACAGGACUUUAUCUUUUGAUUUUUGGAGAAACACAAUACAAAGAUUCAUUUGAGAAUCUCUUUGAGAACACUUCACAAGAUUUUACAAAAGUAUCAUUAGCUUUUUAUUCCGGAUUAUUUGCCUAUUCUGGAUGGAACUUCUUGAACUUUAUUGUUGAAGAAUUGAAAAAUCCAAAGCGAGAUCUUCCAUUGGCAAUUGCGAUUUCGAUCUCAACAUGUACUAUCAUCUAUUUCUUAACCAAUGUUGCACUGUAUACCGCAAUUUCGCCAGAUGAAAUGCUCGAAAGCCCAGCUGUCGCUGUCGUGAGUUUUUUGUGCGAAAAAUUGUGAAAAUGAAAUUAUUCCACGUCAAAGUUCAAAUGUUUUUAAAUGAUAAUUUUUUGCAGUUAUUCGCCAAUAAACUCUACGGUCGUUUCUCAUUUAUCAUGCCUUUAUGCGUUGCUUGUUCAACAAUCGGUUCAGCCAACGGUGUCAUUUUCACAUCUUCUCGAUUAUUUUAUUCCGGAGCUCGCGAAGGACAAAUGCCACUUGUUUUAACAAUGAUUAACAAAAAUACGAGAACCCCAAUUCCAGCAGUUAUUCUCACCGGACUUUUAUCGAUCAUGUAUUUGGUGAUGUCGAAAGAUGUUUAUCAACUUAUCAAUUAUAUUCAGGUUAGUGCAGUUUUUUGGGAAGGUUUGGAAAAUUUUUGAAUUUGAAGGAGGAAAAAAUACAUAAUCUUAUAUUUUAUAUUUUCACAAUGAUUUGGAAAAGCUUGAGAUUUUCCCGAAUGACCCAAAAUAUUUAAUGAUUUCCAAUUUCAGAUCAGUUACUGGUUGGCCAUCGGAACUGCCAUCGCCGCAUUAUUCUGGCUUCGUAAAACGAUGCCUGAUGCACCAAGACCAAUCAAAGUCCCACUCAUUUGGCCAGCCAUUUUCCUUGCUGGAUGUAUUGCUUUGGUUGUUAUUCCGAUUGCUGCUGCUCCAAAAGACACUGGUAAAUUUAUUUUUCAAAGAAAUUAUCAUUACUUUUUUAACCAUGUUGCUCAAAAAAUCGAAAAAAAAUUGUGAUUUUACUAUUUUUCUGCACUUCAACUUGAACUUCAGAAAAUUAUUAAAAUUAGAAGCUUCCAACAGAAAUCUAUUCCAGAAACUGAAAAUAUUCACCGAUUCCUAUUUAUUUGCAUCCGAUUUCUUCUCCCCUCCCCAUUUUCUUUCUCCUUCCACUUGACUCCGCCCACUCACACACAAAACAUAGCAGACUGCCAUACCCCUCAAAUGUCGUGCAAACGAAAUAAAUAAAAGAGGGAGAAGAGAAGCGAAUGUGUUCUAAAUGAAUUCUGGGCCUUUUAUAAGACCCUUUGAUACAAUUUUUGGAGCCCUGGCUUUGUCCAGGGAAAUAAAAUGAUGAGAUUGUUUAUGAAGGGAGAAGGAGUGCUGUUUGUUUAGCUGAAAAUAUGUGAAGCACGUGGGGCUAAAAAUAUUUCGAAAUAGUCAGUGGUCAAAAAUCUAUUCUUACAACUUUACCACGUCAUAACUAGAGUUUCAAUCUAAAGAUAACAAAGACAUAUAGAAUUCAAAGUUUGACAAAAAUCCCAUUUUUCCAGGAAUCGGUCUGUUGAUUAUGCUCUCCGCUGUCCCGGUCUACGUUAUUUUCAUCAGCUGGAAAAAUAAGCCAAAAUUCUUCGAAAGAUUUAUUGGUUUGUUUCCCCCUGUCUCCUGGUCAAUAAAUAAAAUCUAAUUUUUCCAGAAUCUUCCACAUUAUUCAUUCAAAAAUUGUUCAUGGUAUGCGAUGAUUCAAAAGAAAACUAA